UUCCUUCAGCCGUCCCUGGUGUCGCAUACUUGGAAGUAAGGUUCCGACACUUAAUCUAUUGAUCGGAAGCUAAUCACAGUCAUAAACGUGUAUUCUCUGGCCGGAAAAUAAAACAUAUAUCGCCCUGAGUAUCUCAAUAUUAAUUAUUUUAUUAUUAAUUAAUCAACUAACGUUCACUAAAAAAACACCAACCAGUUGAAACGACUCGCGGGGACUGAAUUCAGAAUGCAAAUUGUGCUCUAACAAGGAAGUCGUUCGUUAACAUUAAGCUAGUUUCUGCUACGAAAAAUCGUAGGAAUGCGGGGAACAAUUUUCGGAUUUUGUAUUUUGCUAGCGUAAGCCAAGGCUAUGUUAGCCGAUGUUAGCUUUAUAGCUAUUACGCGCCUUGUAUAACCAUCUGUUUAACGGAUUUCCUAUGGACCUCAAUGCGGUCAAUCGACUCGACUUCUACAUUGGCCUCUCCCUGGCAGUCAGCUCCAGUAUCUUCAUCGGCGGCAGCUUUAUCCUGAAGAAGAAGGGUCUCUUGCGUCUAGCGAAAAGGGGCUCAACGAGAGCUGGACAAGGCGGACAUGCCUACCUAAAGGAAUGGUUGUGGUGGGCAGGACUUAUAUCAAUGGGAGCCGGCGAGGCAGCAAACUUUGCAGCAUACGCUUUUGCACCGGCCACACUUGUGACACCGCUGGGAGCCCUCAGUGUUUUGGUUACUGCAGUACUGUCGUCCUAUUUCCUGAAUGAACGUUUGAAUGUUCACGGGAAAGUCGGCUGUUUGCUGUGUAUCUUGGGUUCCACUGUGAUGGUUCUCCAUGCCCCACAAGAGGAGGAGGUGGCCUCCUUAAAGGCCAUGGCAGAGAAGCUCGAAGAUCCAGGAUUCAUUGUGUUUGCUGUAUGCGUCGUGGUAAGCAGCUUGAUCCUGAUAAGUGUGGCUGCACCACGCUAUGGACAGAAGAACGUGCUGGUUUACAUCCUGAUCUGCUCUGUGAUUGGAUCCUUGUCCGUGUCUUGUGUGAAGGGCAUUGGAAUUGGCAUCAAGGAGCUUUUUACUGGGAAGGCUGUGCUGAAGGAACCCCUGUUUUGGGUCUUGCUGGUGCUCCUGGUGGUCUGUGUCAGUUUGCAAAUAAACUACCUGAACAAAGCCCUGGAUAUCUUCAACACCUCCAUUGUCACGCCCAUAUACUAUGUCUUCUUUACCACCUCGGUCAUGGCCUGCUCUGCAAUCCUUUUCAAGGAGUGGUUUCGGAUGACGGCGGACAACGCUGUGGGCACAGUCAGCGGGUUCCUCACCAUCAUCCUGGGCAUCUUCCUCCUCCAUGCCUUUAAGGACAUCACCUUUAGUUGGGACACUCUUCCCGUCUUCCUGCACGAGGACCACCGGGGAUCCACCUGGAGUCAGCCCUACAUUGCCCUUACCGAUCAGGAGAUUGCCACUGAUGAGUAUGGGCAGUCUUCCAGGAUCAGAGCCACAAAGGAGAACUUGCCAGACAAGAAUACUGCCCUCACCACCUAACAGAAAAUCCCUACCAACAUCUUCUAACCUUGCAUUGUACUGCAUUAGAAGGUCGGGGUGGCUCCAGAGCUCCAGUUUGAGUUUAAUAUACUGCAAUAGCUGUAUCUCGCCCCAAUGCCUUUGAAGUCAUUCAGAAAUCCAAGUGUGCCUUUAUUUUAUAUACUGAAGUCAUGGUGGUAGCUUAAUGUUACUUUUUAGCUUUGUUAGUGCAAAAUGUUUGAUACUGUAAUUUAAUGGAGUGCAGAAUUAAAGCCCGCCUUGCCACUUUAUUGGUGCCUUGUUGAAUGUAUGCUUUUUGUUGUAGUUUGCUUUCAUCAGUAAUGUUUCCUAAUACCCUCUUCAGUUUUUGCCAAAUGCACAGGUCCUGUGAAAUUUGUAAUUUCACUAAUAUAUUCAGGACGGUCAAGUAAGGUCAGGAAAAAAUGCCAAUGUAUUGAAUAUGAUUAUUUAUAUAUAUUUUUUAAACAGUUGUAAUUUAUUUUGAGUUCUGCACAUAAUUGCUAGGAGUCAAGAAUCAUGUGCCUGUCUCUUACUUUAGCAUUAACAGUGAGUUGACCUUAAGCUGUGAUAUUUCAACUAGAUUUCUGACUAACUUAAGUAAAAAUUAUUAUUUCAAUUUUAAUGAAUGGUGCAAUAGUCUAUCAGUCUUAUACAAUAAUGACAUUUUUAUGUACUGUAAAUUGUAAUAAAAUAUUCUUUGUAGUGUA